CGCAGACGUCACAACCUACAAAAUUCGAGUUGUGGACGACGACGAGCGGUGUGGUGUGUGCCUUUCGUCUCACGCGGUAAUGCAGCUGAUGCCAAACUACUCAGGCCUCCGUUAAUGGUCGAGCCAUUGCUGCUCACGACCCUCCGUCGCCCGCUCGCGAAAACGAUGACCAACGCCAUCCGCAUCCAGCUUGCCCCCGACUUUUUCAGCCCGCGCCCGCGCAACGCCAAGGGAAAAGAGCGCAUGUCUGACGACACCGUCCUCUCCUUUCUCGCCGCCAAAUCUCAGGACUGGUCAUGCCGCAUGCGCGUUUCCGUGUGGUGCCAAAACGGCACGCAUAGACCUGAAAGUGAUGCUCCCCCGCGAAAACGGCCGCGCGGGCCUCGCAGAGCGCGCUCUUCUCCUCCACCCAUCCGCGGUAUAUCAAUACUACACCAACGGCGCGGGCAGCAAGCUCGACAAGUCUCACAGCUGUCAUCCGAGCCCCCACCGCUGCCCGACAGCGACGAAGGGGAGCCAAUACCCAUACCCGACCCCCCAUCAGAAACGUCGGCUGACGCGUUAGUCGAUGACCCCGAUUCGCCGCGCAAUGUUCCAGACCCUCCUGCACCGGGCCCGCAUCUGGACCGCCUCCGUGGGUUCAAGAAUGAGCCGGACGCGAAUUUGGAGGAGCUUUGGUCGUCAUUCGAGGUCGCCGACACGUAUGGCCUUUUGGGAGAGUUGUCGGCGGAGGAGCUGUUGGGGUUGGUGGAGGCGAUGGCGGACACACUGGAGCUGACUAGUCAGCAGGAUGAUCUGGAUAGGCUGCAUAAAUGGGGCGAACGCGUUGGUCGCGUUUUGGAAUCAGUUUCAUCGGACUCUGAGGCUUUCCACCACUUACAGGCCCGAGUAAUGGCAUUGCAGGGCGAUGUUCAAAAAGCCCUGGAUAUUGCACAGGCUCAUCGACCUGACUAUGCCGACUUUGGCCCUUUUUUACGCGUUUACGAAUCGAUACUGGUCUCGACCUGGCGCCAUUUCGACCGCGUUCGUGCUCUCGAGUUUUUAGUGUUGGAGUGGAAGACAAUUGGCUCGUAUCUUCUCACUGAAACAAGCCGGAUCCACUCAGGCAGUCCAACAAUUGCCAAUGCUGGCCGGUCUCUGCGACAGACUGCAUUUGCGAUUGUCUCCGCUCUACCCGACCCCGUUGGGCUGCUUGCCCAGAAACGCAACUCGGACUGGGAUGAUACACAAAGGCAACACAUGGGUGACCUCCUCAUCGAGGCCCUGAUCCGGGCUGACCUCCCUUUGGAGUCUUCCAAUGUCCUCCUCGAAAUGCGACGGCAGCAUUUGGAUGCCGCACCCCAUAUGCAACUCUUCCUCGUUCGAGCUUUAGCUCGCGAGCAUUGUUUUGCCGAGGCCCAGCAGCUGUUCAGCUCUCUCCCCCGAGAACGCCGAUUCGACUAUUUUUUCACCGGGCUUUACCUAAACGCCCACGAAGGGCUUGAAACGGCUGCAUUGGAUUACUUUAACCGAAUCGCCGACGCGGGGUGGAUGACUUCCAAAGUGGUAGUCCAGCUCAUGUAUGUUUAUGCCAUCCAGGGCCACACCAAGGAGACCGUACACGUAUUUCAAGAAUACUUUCCGGAGGACGAUGACGGUGUCCCAAGCAACAAUCCCACUUUGGAGCAUUUUGGCGUUGGUUUAUUGGCGCAUGCGCAAAGCGGAGACUAUACUGGGACGCGUUUCUGGCUGGAGCUUAUGCGGAGACUUGGGCUCGAGCCCGAUGCCUACGUCUUCUCUACUAUCUUGAAGACAUUUGCGCUACAAGGCGACCUUGACUCCAUUUCUGUGGUGCUUGACCAAAUGCGCCAGGCUGGCUGUCGGCCAAACCACGUGACAUACACUACUGUGAUGACGCUUCUUGCACAUAGGAAGGACCCUGCCAAUGUGGAGGCGCUGUACGCUCGCGCACUUCGCGAGGGCGUCAUUCCGGACACAAAGAUGGUUGCGACGGUGAUGAAUGCGCACGUUGAGGCCGGCUCAUGGGCCGGAGUGAUCCGGGCUUUCGAUUUCACCCGGGCCGCCCCACACCGAGCACUUACCAUCGGGGUUUACAACAUCCUUCUCAAGGCGUAUGUGCAGAUCGGUGCUCCAUUUCGCAUUGUCUCCCGCGUUUUUGCACGGCUGGAGAAACUUAGGCUCCGGCCUGACGCGUAUACUUUCACGCUGCUCCUCCAGUCAGCAUGUGAUGCGCGAAUGAUGGAUGUGGCUGAGGACAUCUUUGGCGAGAUGGAGAGGCUCGCGGAGCGCUGGGGCUCCUCGCGUCACGUGACAACGUGGGCGUUGACGGUGAUUAUGGCGGGCUUCCUGCGGCUCGGGCAAGGUACACGUGCCAUGGCGGUAUACGAGGACAUGGGCAAGCGUGGACUGCGGCCUAACUCGAUCACAUAUGGCCACAUAUUGACCUCGUAUGGCCGGGAAGGCACGGAAGAUAGCUUCAAGCUCGCGGAGGAGUUCAUCAAGACUGUCAAGAAAGCCGGUCCAGAGCGCAGGCGGGACUGGGAUACACCUGACUAUGGGCGACUGCCAGCUCGCUCGCGGCUGUACAUUCCGCUGAUGCGGUCAUACAUCCAGAAGCGCCGCCCGAAAGAAGUUGCUCGAUUGUUUGGCGAGAUUAUCCAGGACGGGGGGACGCCGACGCUGAGUCUGUUGACCAUCUUACUCAGGUCUUACAGUGCCAUGCAUGACAUUCGCAGCAUCGUCUCGUUGUGGCCUCAGAUCUUCGAGCUCGGCGUUAAAUACUGUGCUGUGCCGGUGGUGGAAGAACACGCGGAAUCCCGAAUUCACACCUUUGUCCUCUGCGACCCACUGUCGAUCUACAUCCGAGAGCUGGCCCGGGCGGAGAUGCACGACGAAAUUGCGCGGGUAUGGCGUGAGUUCCAGGAGGCUGGAUUCUCCUUCUCCUCCGACAACUGGAACGAGCUUGGCCUUGCACUGUUGGGCGCGGGCGAACUUGAGCGGGCGUGUGAGGUGCUUGAACGCGUGGUGUUGCCUUACCAGCGGCAGUCCGUCCAAGCCAAGCGCCAACGAACCGUGAAGCCAACAUCGCCUUUGUUAUUUGCGGAUGACACCGUCAUACCUGUCCCAUUGGAACUCCCGAAGAGGGCUAAGACUCGGGCUGAUGCGAAUAAGUGGCACAACUACCACCGGCGCGCGGCUGAAGAGCUCGGCAGCGCGGAGCACGCGGACGACCUUGCGCACCAGCUGCACAUUGUCCACCAAAUCUCGCCCGUGUGGAACUCGUGGACGCCGCGGCACUCGCUGCUGGGUGGGCUCUUCCGGAAUCUGCUCCGGCUCCGGGCCGGCCAUCCGAUUGACGCGGAACGGGAGGACAUGGCGAUGGAUGAGUCCACGAUGGAGAAGGACGAACUGGCCGCGAGGAAGAGGGAGGCGGCGACGAGGCUUGAGAAGAUCCUCGUCAGCUACCCUGACACGGUUGCGGAGGUGUCGUGGUUUGAGGACAAGGAGCAGCGUCGUCUCGGAAAGUGGUAUGAACGAGUGUACCCUUGGGCAGCAGCCAUUCGUUAA